AUGUCUUUCAGAGGGUUGCAGGCAAAUGCAUCAUCAGGCAUGGGUGUUGCUGAUCACAGCAAAAGCACAUAUAUGGAACUGCAGAGAAAGAAGGUGCACCGUUAUAUAAUUUUUAAGAUUGAUGAGAAUAAAAAAGAGGUGGUCGUUGAAAAGACCGGAGGUCCAGCUGAGAGCUAUGAGGACUUUACUGCAUCUCUGCCUGAAAAUGAUUGCCGAUAUGCUGUCUAUGACUUCGAUUUUGUAACUUCUGAGAAUUGCCAAAAGAGCAAGGUCUUCUUCAUUGCAUGGUCCCCUUCUGUGUCCCGGAUCCGUGCCAAGAUGCUAUAUGCUACAUCCAAGGAAAGGUUCAGAAGGGAGCUGGCAGGCAUCCAUUAUGAGAUUCAGGCCACUGACCCAACUGAGAUGGAUCUUGAAGUGAUCAGAGACCGUGCUAACUAA